AUGAAUGAAUGCGAUCACAACAGAACGCUCGACCUCGAUGUCAGCCAAGUGCAAGUUUUUUUCUACGAUUUCGAGAACAACUUCAACAUCACUUAUCAAAUCGAUAGUGCUGCCCACGGCAUCACCAGCAACUAUAACCUGGACGUCAGUCGCAAGCUCGUAUUCUUCGUACCAGGAUACAAGUCCCAUAUCAGUAAAAAGACGGAGGAGUUGAUCAGGCAGACUUUCAGCAAUGUCCCGAACAUUUACUUGAUCAUUAUCGACCAUUCUGCCUAUACUUCUGCUAGAGGGGGCAAGAUUGAAAGCUAUGAACGAUCCGUAUAUUAUACUUACUACAUUGGUACUAAAUUAGGGAAACUGUUAGCUGAUUUUCACGCUAAAGGGUAUCCUUCGAAGAAUAUACACGCUAUAGGCCACAGUCUUGGCAGUCAAAUGCUCGGUUUUGCUGGUACGGCGUACACGGCAGCCACUAAUGAGAAAAUCUGGAGAAUUACGGCUUUGGAUCCAGCAGGACCGUGUUUUUCAAAUAGCCUUAUUGACGACCAGAUUCGUUCAGGACUUGCCGAGUAUGUAGAAGUUUAUCAUUGCAAUUCUGGAGGCUUAGGUACGACAAGUGUUUUGGCUGAUGCGGAUUUCUUUCUCAACAAAGGAAACAAGCAACCUCCUUGCCAUGAGGGGUUUCUUCCGGGGUUAGGGGAGUCCGAUGCUGCAAAAUGUAGUCAUAAAAAAUGCGUGGAGUAUUGGGUUAGGACCGUUCACGUACCCAAUUGGUAUUUGGCAUGGAAAUGUGACUCUUAUGAACAUUUCUCUAAGGGUCGGUGUGCCGGCAACGAAGUGACCAUAGCGGGGUAUUGGAACCCAGGGAAUGCGACUGGCGUGUUUUACGUCUCGACGGGAAUGUUUGGUGUAGAAUAACUAUUGCUAUAGGAUCGAUGUUUUGUACAGUGUUGUGUUAUUAUUAAAUAAGAAAAAAAAUACAAUGAGAAGUUAUUUACUAUAGGAAAUGAAACUGUCUGACUCAACAGUCAACCG